AUACCUCUCCGAAAAACGCGUCCAUGAAGCCGUCCCUGCCUUCAACGUUGACGGCAACAUCAUCGGGGCCCACAUCAUCAUCGUCGCUUUGAGCCUAAUAACAAAAAAAAAAGAAUAAUGUUACAACGAAAAACUGACAAAUAUUCAAUUGAAUUUGAUAGGUGAGGCUAGGACGUGAAUGACAUUUCGGUAACAGUUUUUCUUCACCUAACCUAAUUGUUGAUAAUCUAUCAAUAAUUUCUCGUGAAAUUAUCCGAGCAAUAUAACAAAUAAUUCUUUCGUCGAUUGUCUCCAAUUUACAUCAACUGUCAUCAAAGAUAUAUUUAAUCAUGGCUGCUGAACAAGAUAUGCCGACUUUCAAAUGUGUCUUGGUCGGUGAUGGUGGUACCGGUAAAACAACAUUCGUCAAAAGACACAUGACUGGUGAAUUCGAAAAGAAAUAUGUAGCAACUCUUGGAGUAGAAGUUCACCCUUUGGUUUUCCAUACAAACCGCGGACAAAUUCGGUUUAAUGUAUGGGAUACAGCUGGACAAGAAAAAUUCGGAGGGUUACGUGACGGUUACUAUAUUCAAGGACAAUGUGCGAUUAUUAUGUUUGAUGUAACGUCCAGAGUCACAUAUAAAAACGUACCCAACUGGCAUAGGGAUCUAGUAAGAGUUUGUGAGAAUAUUCCUAUUGUGUUAUGCGGGAACAAAGUCGAUAUCAAGGAUAGAAAAGUUAAAGCUAAAAGCAUCGUAUUCCAUAGGAAGAAGAACUUACAGUACUAUGAUAUUUCCGCAAAAUCUAAUUACAAUUUUGAAAAACCUUUCCUGUGGUUGGCAAGAAAACUCAUUGGAGAUCCCAACUUGGAAUUCGUAGCCGCUCCAGCAUUACUUCCCCCCGAAGUCCACAUGGACCCACAAUUGCAAGAACAAAUUGAAAAAGAUCUUAUCGAAGCUUCAGAAACUGCGUUGCCCGACGACGAAGAAGAUUUGUAAUUCGAAUUGACUUUUAAAAACAUUUUUUUUUUUCGCAACAACGCCUUGGAAUAUUGUAAAAAUUUUGUUAGUUUUUUAUUUUUUAAUUUGCCCUAAUUCUCAAUACAUUUUUGUCGUUCACGAGCAUAAAAAUAACGUUUGAAUAAAUUUUUUUUGUGUUUCAUUCUGGGGUGUUAAAAAAAAGACACGCGAUUCAACAAAGUGUAACGCAAUUGUGUGGAUUGAUAAAUUACAAGACUUGUUAACUUAAUUUGUACUUGUAUUUCUGAGUAAGAACUGUUGAUAUUUUUAUAUAUAAAUAUUUUCUAAAUUUGUUAAGAGAGUUUUGUCUGAGAGAGAAUGUUAUUUGGAAUAAUCCUUGGUAUGUUUGUUGGAUUGAGAUAUCGUAUCUUGAUUCAUUUUUUUUGUAAUUUUUAACAGUUCUUUGUAAAGAGAAAUAGUUUUAAUUUCAAUAAAGAAAUUUUCCUUAACAAAUUAUUUGAUCAACAAACAAAAACAAAUACCUAUCCUCAGACUAUUUACGAGUCUAUAUCUUUGAACUGAAUUACAAAAUCAUUAAAAAUUAUCAUGAUAAUUACACUGGAGAAGCUACUUCAAGAAGAUCGGAAAGAAACUUUGAACUACCCAAGAGACUGCAAAUCUUAUUACUUGCUUAUAACUCUGCAUGGUUGAUAAACCAAAAAUGGUGAAGAAACGUUGACAAAAAUUAUGUAUUUAAUUCCAGAUAAAUUAGGGUCGUAAAGGGUAAUAAAUAUAUUAAAAAAUGAUUUU